GCGCUGACGUGCGAUACGCUAAACUUGUGUUCCACCGUGAAAUCAUCAGUGUUAUUUGUUUAUACCUACUAUGGAUUUGAUUACAUAGCCCCAAGGAUUGACUAUCGAUAGUGAGGUUUACUGUACGUGUUUAUGUGAAGUUUGAAACGACUAAUAUAGUGAAACGGGUUGGCCCUGUUCAUUUUUGUGUUGAAUGGUGAUUAAAAGUAAAUUACUUUGCUUUUACGGUGUAGAGGGUCGCUAGGUGCGUAUUGAUCGCAUAUCGAAACAAAGCCGAGGAUUGUUUUGGCGGUAUGGAAGAGACCGGUGCAGCUUGAGGUGUGUCGAGCCGUGCUGUCUGGUGCAACGUUCGUUCGCAUGGUGUUGAAGUGAUGGUGCAAUAGAUGGUGCCAUUCCAGCAGUGAUAGUGUUAACUAUAGUGCUAUUUUAGUGCUGAAUGGAUUGUGUCUGUUUGGGAUUGCCAUCGCCAGUCAUCGAUAGAUCCAGUUGGGAACGGGCUACAAUGGUGUGUGCGUGUGCGGGGCUGCGGGGGGCGGGCGCGGGCAGCCGGCGCGCAUGGCGGCGCCAAUGAGGGAGGGCGCGCCGGCCGGCGGAGCUCGCCCCGCGCCCCACGCGCACCCCGCCAACUUCGAGUACGAUGACAACGAGUGGGACAUCGGCAUCGGCGACCUCAUCAUAGACCUCGAUGCCGACAUAGAGAAGACCGACGAGGCGGGCGGCAUGGCGGCGCGCGCCGAACCGGACGCGCAGCGCACCGCGCUCAAGAUGAAGAUCAAGCGCACCAAGCCUGGCACAAAGAGCUCUGAGGCGAAGCACGAGAUCGUCAAGUCUAACGAAAUGAACGGCGAACCGAAACCGCCAACUGCGACCGCCGCGCCGCCCGCCGCCGCCAAGCGCGGCUCAGGCGGGCAUCGACGCGACAAAGCACGAGACAAGCAUCAUCACCCGCACUCGCCGCACGAUGUUAAUGGCGUGGCGAGGGUGCCACCGCCACCAAACGCGCCCGGUCCACCCGCGGUGCCGCCACCCGGGGCACUCCCCACUGUGGCACCGGCGACCCACGCGCCACAUGCGCCACACGCGCCUCAUGUGCCGCAUUCUGCUCCUGCGCAACCUAAACCCGAUCCCCGACCAGCCGCACCGCGGUUGGACGCUAAACCUACGGUGCCGACCGCUCCUGCGCCGAUAGCGCCCGCGCCAGCGCCGUCGCCGGCCCCUGCGCCUGCACCCCAACAGUCAACUAAACCUGAACCAGACGACUCAAGGCAAGAGCACAACUCACAGCCUCCAGCUAAGAAACAAAAAACUGACUCAAAGGAGACUGCAGAAGUAUGCGUCGGUACAUCGGUGGGAACUAUCACUGAGCCGGACUGCCUGGGGCCCUGCGAGCCUGGUACCUCGGUCACGCUGGAGGGCAUCGUGUGGCACGAAACGGAAGGUGGUGUUUUAGUUGUGAAUGUAACGUGGCGAGGGAAGACUUACGUCGGAACUUUAUUAGACUGCACGCGACAUGAUUGGGCGCCACCAAGAUUUUGCGAUUCCCCCACAGAGGAGUUGGAUGCGCGGACACCUAAGGGGCGAGCAAAACGCGGUCGAGGUGCCGCACCCACUGACAUGACAAACUUUACCGAGACACGGUCCUCUGUACAUAGUAAGCUGCGAAACGGUGGCGCUAAAGGUCGACGAGCGCUACCUUCUCCGACUCCAUUCACUCCUCCUAGACCGGACUCUAAAAGGAAACGCAAUUCUGAUGCGGAAGAACGUCCACCUACUCCUAAAACAAAACGUCCACCUCCAACUCCCUCGUCACCUCCACCUGAUCCAGUUUUACUGGAAUGCCCAGAGCCCAACUGCUCGAAAAAGUACAAGCACGCGAACGGUUUGAAAUACCACCGAUCGCACGCGCAUGGAUCACCAGAUGAAGACGAUAAAGACGGUUCUAGUUCUGAAUUAGAGGAACCCACAGUAGAACCGGCGUCACCGGCUCGGCCGCCCUCAGAACCCGCAACGCCUGCAACUCCAGUUAAAUCUCCUACUCCUACAAAAUCACCUGAAGAAAAAAGUGAUAAGUCACCUGAAAAAUCUCCGGAGAAAACAGAUGCAGCAGUAGACUCUCCGCCGCAACCUCGAUUCGAAGAAUUCGCGACGACUCCGGAGCCACAGCCGCAAGCAGAACGUCCUCCUACUCCUCCCGCACCCGCCACCCCUCCCCCUGAAUCUCUCCCCACAUUACAGCCGACGACACAGCUGACACAAUUCAAGGUUAAGCCACGUUCAGCGUUAAUGCCAUCGGAAGAGCGUAAAUCGACGGAGUCUCCUCCAGACGAGUCGCCAGGCAAGCGACGCGCGAGACGGUCCCCCACGCCAGGAGUUCGCUCCCCGGCCUACUCUGACAUAUCUGACGACGCGGCACCGACAGAGGGCGCCGCUGAUGCAGACGCCGGUCAUCGACCGUUCCCAGUGUAUCAUCAGUAUUAUGGUCAGCCGCCAUACUUGCCGCCCGCGCAUCCAGCCAGUGCCCCCCCGCCCAGCGAUAAAGGCAAAGAAGACCUCUCUAAAGGAGAUCCAAAGACUGACCUUAAGGACGGUAAACCAGAAGGUGGCCCUCAGAAAGUCCUACCUCCUCACUUCUACCCAUACAACUACGUUCCGAAUUUUCCCUACAACGUGGAAUCGGGACCCCCGCCUGGGGCACCCGUAGAUGACAAAUCCAAGGAUUCGGAUCGUUCCAAAACGACUCCAAGUCCUUUAGAUAAGAGUAAACAAUCCAGAUCCGCGGAAGGAAAGGACCCCUCUAGACCGAAUGAAAAUCAUCAGAUCCUGAAGGAGAGUAUAGAGAUGAAAGCGCAAAUGGGACCCUACGCCUUCCAGAGACCACCGCACGCGCGGGAAGAGGAAUUAAGAAGGUAUUAUAUGAGCCUCGAACAGCGUCGCAAAGAAGGCGGUGAUGGGAAGCAGGUGGGGGGCCUGCCGGGAGCGUCAGCGGGGGGCGGAGGGCCGCGCCCACAACCCGCACACAAACCCAAAGACAAAGACGACAAGCCUAAAGAGGAAGUCAAGGUUAAGCAGGAAGGUCAGAAGCCGACGACCGAGACUCAGGGUCCGCCGCCGCCGCCGACCUCGCAGUACUACCUGCCGCCGUACAUGCAGCCGCCGCACUACGGCGCCCUGCCCUUCGACCCGGUGUACCGCGCGCCGCUGAGCCCGAUGCUGGUGGGCGGCUUCGGCGGCGGCUGGACCGUGCCGCGCUACCACGCGCCAGAGGACCUGUCGCGGCCCGGCGCGCCCGCCAAGCUGGAGCUGCUGCCGCCCGGCCACGGCGCGCAGUACGCGUACGGGCCGCACGGCGCGCACGGGCCGCACUCGGCGCCGCACAAGAUCCACGAGCUGCAGGAGCACGCCAAGUCGCCGCAGGGCAAGCCGCCGCGCCCCGAGCCGCCCAAGGAGGCGCCGCGCUCGCCGCCGCCGCAGCGCCACGUGCACACGCACCACCACACGCACGUGGGGCUCGGCUACCCGCUCUACCCGCCGCCCUACCCCGCGGCAGCCGUACUGGCGAGUACACAGGCGGUCGUCAACUCAUUUCCGACUCCGCCCAAAUGAGUAACCGCUAACGAUAAGUGCAGGAGCGGCCCCUAACGACUCGUCGACUCCGAGCGGCGAGUCGACCAAAGAUAGACCCGAGUGAGAAUAUCGACGUUUCGAUCGAUCGAAAAUCGACAAUGGAAACUAACCGGAUGUGACAAACUGUGUGACUCUUGUGAGAUUAUUGAAGACUAAUAUAAACUGUGAACUGAAAAGUGAAUCGAUCUUAUCUCUACGCCUGUAGCCGUAAAUAAACACUGUGAUCUCGCAUUACCCACAAACGUGUAUGUGACGUGCGCUUUGAAUGUUUUAGAAUGUGAACUAAUAGUUACCUGAGUUUUAGUUGAAGUGUGUUGUGGUUUCGAGGACUCCAUUGUGGUUGUUUUGAACGUGUAAAUGUUGGAGGGACAUUGGAUAUUGGACUUUAACCGACUCCGCAUUGAAAUGUUUUCGUUUUGUAAUUAACUAGUGAAAGCACAAACUAGUUCUGUACAUAUUAGCGUUAUCUGUAAAUUACAUGAAUAAUAUUAGUGUCCAGAAUGUUGAUCAAUAUUGUAAUAUAAAACAUCGAAUUAUCUGUUUGUCCUGGGCAUUGUACUGACGAUUGAAGCCCCGUGAAAUUAUAUCUUGAGUACAGUGUACUGAGAUCUUUAUUUAUGAAAGAGCAUUCCAACAAAACAAAAUCGACCGUAUCUAGUUUUAAACGUAAGAUUAUUCGAUAUUUAAUUUAAGUAAUAUAGUCUAAGAUUAAAGGCAUCAAUGUGAUCAACAUAACAAUGAGUCGUAGCGUGCACAAAUCGUAAUCUGUCUCGGUAUUAGCGAGAAACGACUAUUUAUAAUGUAGAGAGCAUUCUAUAGAAUUGUGGAGUGUUUUGAAUAUCGCUGUGCGUAUGUAUGUCUGGCUUUUAAGGAUAAAUAUAUAUAUAAAAAAUAAAUCUCAUAGUCCGAUAUUCACAAAUACAAGGGAUUAGCGUUUCCAUAACUUUCUGUACUGCACUGUUAGUCAAAAGCUGUAUUUUGAUUAAUGUAAUUUUAUUUUUUUGUGUCAUCGUAAUAUGUGAUAGGACACGAAUGUAUUGAUUUUGUUACAAAGAAUAGUCUUCCAGUCGAAACUUUAAUGCGGCUGUUGUCUUGUAAAUUGUGUUUGCAUUUCAAUGUUUCCUAUCCGUAACAGAUUAGAACCGAACGUUGUUCUAGUAUCAGCACAUUAAGUGUUAAUGUAUUUUAAGUAAUCCGAGUGUAUUUUAGUCGAAUGAAAGAGGCACGUCGAUUGAUCGCAUUUCAAGAAAAGUAGUGGACCUCUGUAACACAUAGAUGACAAAUAUUAUAUGUAGUGAGUCUAUUGUUUAACGAGGAUAGUCAAUGUACGCGUGUACCUGUUUCAGAAAUUAAAACUGAGAUUUGUGUUAAUUGUGGGGCCUAAGUGUUUUCAUUUAGUAAAUAAAAUUCUAUGAAGAAUUUUAAACAUCGUAUUUAAGAUUUAUUUUUUAAUGUUCUCUCAAUCAAUAAAAAAAAAAAAUUUAAUUGAUUUUUUUGUAUCAAAACUUCAGUUGAGCUUAAAAUUAUAUUUUCAUAAUAAUUUAAACUAUUUGCAAUAUAUAGAAAUUGUACAAUUAAACAUUUUAACUCGAGGUAUAUUUAGAAAGAUUAAUGUACAAAAUAUCCAAGGGCAUUAUUGGUAAUAGAAUAUAAAUUUCUGGAUUAAAGUUUAUUAGGUUUGAAAGACGAACAUUAUUUGGGCAUGAUUAAUUAAUAUUCGAACUUCUAUUUUUAUAAGAAACUGCAGCAUACUUUUUUGUUAAGUUUUGCUAACAGAUAAAUGUUAAACCAUACGAGUGUUUAUUUUGUAUGUAUAUGAUUACAAAAGCACGCUGUUUUUUGUAUAGCGCUAAUGCGUUGAUAGACUGAAAAUUAUUUUAUAUCAAUCGACGCGAAGUCGCGGCUCAUUACGCUUUCAUUAUUUUGUAUUGUACCAGUGACUUGGUAUGCAACACGUUGUUGUAUUAUAAUGUAUCGAUAUAUUAUUUGUGUAUUUUUUCGAUGUAAGUAAAGCCAACUUUGAUUUCUUAGAAAAGAAUUCGAGACGUUAAAAAAAGGAAUAAUAAAGAUAAAUUAUUUCU